UACGAAAUGUCUAAAUUAUAUCCGCGCAAAUUCAAAUGUCUCGUUCAAAAUGUGAAAAUUCUGUUUAGGUUUUGUAAUUUUCUAUAAAAGGAUGUUAAACGUAAUUUUUUUGUAACGUACUUAGUAAUGUGGCCACAUGUUACUAUGAGUACACUCUUGAUACUUUCCAUGAACAGUGUCGGGGUGGUGAAGGGUGGGAAAGGGAAGGAAAUUGUAAGUGGUCAAAAAGCUUCACUCGGUCAAUUCCCUGCUGUCGUGGCUGUUUUGCAUAAAACUUCAAGAAUUCUUGUUUGUGGAGGUACACUCAUUAAUCCCGGAUUCGUACUUUCUGCAGCUCACUGUUUUGUUCCUUAUGAUAGUCCAGCUAUGAGUUUUGGCGGCACGUUUCGGUGUAAAGGAAACGCCGCUAGGAAAUUUCUGAUGAAUUGA